AUGCAGCCAAGAGGCGUUUUAAUCAGAAAAUUAAGUAAAUCAUCGACAAAUACUUUGAGCAAAAACUUCUACAAAAAUGUAAUUGUGAAUAGCCCACUUGCACGUCUAGUUGGAAGGGGCGUGGUAUACAAUUUGCUAUCUAAAAUUGUCACUAGACGAACGAAAGCUAAUGCUGUAAUUUGGGGGUCUACAUUGAUUGAAUUGAAGUUGCCCAAAGGCAAUUUGGUUUUGGAUUCAUUACCCUCCUUGGCCAGUGGGCAUGAUUUACUUAUACUGGGCCCUCAAAAUACUGGUAAAACUAUCGCACCAAUAAUCCCCUUCGCCAUGGCAACCAAUCUCAUUAAGGGUAAAAUUAUCUGUAAAAACUUGUACAUUAUCGUCCUCGUACCUACUAAAGAUUUGGUUUUACAGGAGUCCCGUAACGUACAACAAUACAUUAAGCAGUUAAGAGUAUCUACCAUAUAUCACAAGGAUGUAGAGUGGUACAAAACCAAUAUUCUAAUAUCUACACCAGUUAGUCUCCUAAAGAAGGUACAAAGUGAAAUUAUUUCAUUGGAAUCCGUUCGAUUAUUAUGUAUACACGAGGCGCAAGAGAUAUUAUCGUUGGAUUUUAAAUGUGGAAUAACGACCAUUUGUAAGAUAAAAAAGUUGUUACAUCCAAAUCACCAAACAGUUUACACUUCAAGAUUUGCCGAUCACACGCUAAAGUUGCUAGUUCAAAGUAUGUCUAAGUUGAAUUUUAGAGUGUUGAAUUUCUGGGAAUCACAACAUCUUAAUCCAACUAAACCAAUUUGGGGUUCCUAUAGGUCGAAUAUUGUGAUUUCACAUAAUGAAAAUUUAAAUUCUACUGUUUUAGACGCCACAAAUAACGGAUCCACCAUUCAAAAUGUUCCAUCUUCAUAUAAACCCGACGCGGCCACUACUCAAGAUGGCUUCUAUCCACGCAAAUGCGAGAAUGUACAACAGUUGGUUAAUUACUACAAAAAAUUAUCAAAUGAUAGAUUUAUUUGGAAUAUAAAUUGCAAAACUAUUUACAUUACAUCAAAGCUUUACUACAUUCUGUAUCGACCAAACAAUUUCUUCGAAACACUCAUAUCUGCUUGCCAAGGCAAAAGAGUUAUUUGUUUCUUUCCUACCGUCAAGCUGUUGCAAUUUAUGAAUUUACUUAUCAAAAGAAGAUUCUCAAAUGUUUACAUGUUAUGUGGGUCUCAAUCUGUUGACAAGAGGAGACUUGUAAUGGAUACAUUUAGGGGUAAAGACAUUGGACUAUUGUUAACCACAGACAUCUCUUGUUUGGGGUUGAAUUUAGGCCCCUUUGACAAAGUUAUUCAGGUGGGUCCAUCAAGAUCGUUUUACAAUUUUGCAAGCAGGGCAAACAUGGCAGCGGUAUCAAUCUCACUUUUCCACGACUUAGAUUGCCAUUACAUUUACUUAUUGUAUAAAAAUUUGGGGAUCAACCUUGAAGCUAUGAGGUUAGAUUGUGAAAAAACGGUUAAAAAAAUGGUUUUGGAUGAAUACAUGAUGGCAUCACUUACACUGGCCUAUAGGAGUGUGAUGAGUAUGUAUUGUACCAUCGCAAAGGAAUUUAAAUUUGAAAAGUGGCAGGUGCCAAGUUUGAUAAAUGACCUAUUCAAAUCCAUUGGCGUGGAUAUUGACAUAAAAAUUACAAAACAAUUUGCCGCUAGAAUGGGACUGCUGAAUUCUCCUGGACUUAAUGUAGAUUACGCCACUGCGGGAAAGAAAACUUUGCUGGCCAUGGUGUUGGGGUAUCCAGGAUAUAUUUCCCGAUUGAAACAAGCAAAAGAUGUUAUAUACAAUGAUGAUGUAGAGAUAGUGAAGGAGUUUAGGCCGUUAUCAACUGUAAAUGACAGUUUUACUUAA